AUGGGGCAGAGCUUCUGGGAGCAGCUCCAUCUGGCCCUCGCCCUCCUACUCCUGAAUCUGGGGUCUGCUAUGACCAGAGAUGCCCCUCACAGCUGCUAUGGGAUUCCAGGCUUGCCAGGCAUGCCGGGUGUGCCGGGCAAGGAUGGCCGGGAUGGGCUGAAAGGAGCCAAAGGCGAGCCAGGCAUCCCGGCCACUCCUGCAACACAAGGGCCCAAGGGCAUGAAAGGGGAACCGGGCAGCCCUGGCUUGCCAGGCAAGACUGGCCCCAUCGGUCCCCCUGGUCUGCCUGGAGACCCUGGGACGAUGGGCAUGGCCGGAGAGCCGGGUAUGCCAGGCAGCUACAAGCAGAAGCACCAGUCAGCAUUUUCAGUGACGAGGCAGACCAGCGAGCACCCCUUGAAGAACGUCCCUGUGGUGUUCAACCAUGUCAUCACCAACACCAACCACGACUACAACACCACCACGGGCAAGUUCACCUGCAAGCUCCCCGGCCUCUACUACUUUGUCUUCCACACCUCGCAGAUAGCCAACCUCUGCGUCAUCCUGUACAAGGAUGGGAACAAGAUGGCCAGCUUCUGCGACCACAAGACCAACACUGUGCAGGUCAGCUCUGGUGGGAUCCUCCUCCAUUUGGGCGCUGGGAACCAGGUCUGGCUGGCGGUGAAUGACUACAACGGCAUGGUGGGCACUGGCAACUCCGACAGCAUCUUCUCGGGGUUCCUGCUCUUCCCGGACUAG